AUAAAAUCUACUCUAUAAUAUCAUUUCAGAUACAAAAGUAUUACAUAAAGGAGACAUUAUUAACAGCGCUUAAUAGGUGUCUUAUUAUUGAUAGAUUUGAUUUGAUAAACCCCCUCCUCCCCCCCCUCCCUAUUUUCCAAAGAAAAAUAACCCUAUUUGAAUUUUUUAUUUCUAGCCUCAAUUUUAAAAAAGCGCUCAUGUGUAGUUAACAAUUUUAAAUGACUAAAAAUUUAUUAUGCUUUCUUAGUAUUUUUUCACACGUAUUACACAAAAAAAAGGUGACUGGUUGGAUUUGAUUUUUGCUUACUAUAUAGAAUUAAACUAAAGUUUGUCUUCUUUUAUUUCUUCCUCUCCAUAUUCUUUAUUAUUAAUUAUAAUGUCUGCUACUGAUCGUUUGAAUACCAUUAAAGGACAUUUAUCUGGUAAUUUCCCUAAAGGUCUAUUAGCUGGUGAAGUUGCUAUUAUUACUGGCUCUGGUCAGGGUAUUGGCAAGAGCUGUGCUGAGGUUUUUGCUCGUGAAGGUGCCCUUGUUGUAGUUACUGAUAUUGAUGCUGCCAAGUCUAAUCAAGUUGCUUCUGAUAUUAAUGCUGCUGGUCUCAAAGCCAUCUCCAUUCCUGGUGAUAUCCUUGAUCCCACUUUUCCUGAACGUUUAAUUGAAGAAACUGUUAAGACUUAUGGCAAGAUCAAUCAUAUCGUUAACAAUGCUGGUUUUACCUUUGAUGGUAUGAUUCAUAAAAUCACUGACAAACAAUGGGACUUGAUGCUUGCUGUCCAUAACACAGCCCCUUUCAAGAUCAUUCGUGCUGCUGCUAAAUACCUUCGAAAGAAGGAUGGUGAGAAUAAAACCAUUGUUAAUAUCUCUUCUACCUCAGGUCUUCACGGUAAUGUUGGUCAAGUCAACUAUGCUACAGCUAAAGCUGGUAUCGUUGGUUUAACCAAAACAAUUGCAAAGGAAUGGGGUAUGUUUGGCGUUCGUUGUAAUACUGUUGCCUUUGGCUGGGUUGAUACACGUUUAACACGUGCCAAGGAAGCUGGUGCUUCUAUAGAGGUGGAGGGCCAAAAAGUGACUCUUGGUAUUCCUACUGGCCACAAGGGCGCUGGCACUAUUAAUCCUUAUGCUGAUAUUCCUUUAGGUCGUUCUGGCAACACUGAAGAAGUUGCUCUUUCUGUCAUGAGUCUCUGUACCCCAUUAACAAGCUAUAUUACCGGUCAUACCCUUGAAGUCACUGGUGGUCGUGGUAUCUAAAUUGCACUAUAAAAGUAAUAUUAUCAUUUGUGAAAGAAUAUAUUUGUUUAUCAUUUGUAUAUUAUGAAUAAAGUUUUAGAAGAAAAAAGAAAACAUGUUUUUUUUUUCCAGCUUCUCUAUUUUUAA